UCUUAAAUUUCUUCCGUCAUCGGUAAGGAGAUUUGAACUCAAUUAUUGGAAGGGAUUGCAAAUGAAAUGUCAGUUUGAAAAUUCAACUAAACGUUAAAAAAUAAAAAAAUUUAAAAUUAAAACGAAAUGCCAAAAUAUUGACUUGUCAACAGUUAGGUUGCAAAACAUGGGAUUAGUUUAUUUAGGUGUGGUAAUACCAACAGCAGAAAAUGUAUAAUUUGCAUCUCGAAGGAGGGGUCGUUCAAAGUGUGAUAAUAAUACAAUACCAUAGCAGCUGCAGAAAAGAAAAACCAAGCUAACAAACAUGUCAACGGGUCAACCUGAAAAUAAGCUGAAGCUCUAUUCACACUGGAUGAGCUCGUGUUCUUUUCGAGUCCGAAUUGCUCUCAACCUCAAAGGGCUAAAAUAUGACUACGAAACGGUCAAUCUCUCGAUAAUUUCUAAUCCUGAGUUUCUGAAGCUCAAUCCUGUUGGGUAUGUUCCCGUUCUGGCGGAUGGCGAUGUAGUGAUUGUUGACUCUUUUGCCAUUAUUAUGUAUUUGGAGGAUAAGUAUCCUCACAAUCCAUUGCUGCCUCUUGACAUUCAUAAAAGAGCAAUCAAUUUCCAGGUUGCCAACAUUGUUUCCUCAGCUAUACAGCCUUUUCAAAACCGAACUGUAGUGAAGUACAUUGGGGAAAAAGUUGGCUCUGAUGAAAAACUUCAAUGGACCCAAAGCGCUAUUGGAAAAGGCUUCAAGGCACUUGAAAAGCUAUUAAAAGACCAUGCAAGAAGAUAUGCAACUGGAGAUGAAGUUUUCCUGGCAGAUUUGUUUUUGGCGCCUCAGUUACAUGCAGCAUAUAUGAUAUACAACAUUGACAUGAAGGAAUUCCCUAUUCUAUCAAGAUUACAUGAGACAUAUAAUGAGAUUCCGGCAUUUCGGGAGGCUGUGCCAGAGAAUCAGCCAGAUGCAGUACACUAGUCUAACCAAUAAUUUGGGAGUGAAAUGUGACCUAAUAUUAAGUUGGAGUUAUUGAAGCAGCAGCAGCAACUGAUUCAUCAUCAUAUUAAAUCUUUAAAAAAGAUAUGAGAUACUUAUUCUUGCAAUAAGGUUGCUACGUGCAAUAUAACGGACAGCGCAUAAAUUAGUGAUUUGGUUUGUAAUGAAAAAGUAUGACUAAAAGCCUUGUGUUUAUUUUCUGUCUUAUUCCUCGUCAGUAUAGUUUGAUGUUUGGUUCUUAAUGGUCUCAUGCUCCUACUACCUUUUUCUUUUCUUUGGGUGGGGGACCAGGGAGGAUAAUUUUCCUUAGAGCUUACACCCUCAAAUCUACCU